AUGGCCUCCUCACAGCGCACCUACGACGACGCCCUAUCCCGUCUCGCCCAACUCCAAUCCAACCGCACUAUCGUCAACCUCUUCGGUAGUGACGACAGCAACAAUGACUCCCAAAACAAGCCUGCCGCCAAAAAGGACCUCAACUCCCUCGCAAUCCCCGAAAUGCUCUCCUGGCUCGCCCGCGCCGGCUACACGCCAUCAUCCCUUGCCGCCACGGGGCUCAAGUGCGUGCACGUAGCGGGAACCAAGGGUAAAGGGUCCGUGUCGGCGCUGGUUUCUUCCAUCAUCUCCCAAUACCCCCCUCCUCCUUUUCCUGGGACUGCCGCCGCCGCUGAUGACGGUGGUGAUGGUGGUGGUGCCCACAUCAUCAAAAAGCCUGUCGUGGGAACCUACACAUCGCCGCACGUCCUCUCGGUCCGCGAACGGAUCCAGCUCGACAACGUCCCCGUGUCCCGCGAAAAGUUUGCGCUUUACUUCUUUGAAGUCUGGGACCGGCUGUCGGCCGCAGCCCGAGCGGCUCGGGAUCCGGUUCAGUCCGAGGCAGAGUAUGACGGGCCCGGCACGAAACCGUUUUACUUUCGGUUCUUGACCAUCUUGGCCUUUCACAUCUUUGUCCGCGAGGGGGUGAAGCAAGCGGUGAUUGAAUGUGGGAUCGGCGGGGAAUAUGACUCGACGAACUUCUUGAGUCCCGAGUGCGUGACGGCCAGCGUUGUCACGCAGCUGGGGAUUGAUCACGUGGCUAUGUUGGGAAAUACCCUUGAGAAAAUUGCGUGGAAUAAGAGCGGGAUUUUUAGGAAAGGGGUCAAAGGGUUUACGAGGAGGCUGGAUGGGGAAGCUCAGAAAGGAGUGAUGGAGCUGUUGAGGAAUAGAGCGCAGGAGAAGGAAGUGGAGAAGCUGGUGGAGGUGCGGGAUGAGCAGGUUGAGAAGUGGAAGGGCGUGGAGGGGGUCAAGUUGGAAGGGCCAUUUCAAAAGUUUAACAUGGCGUUGGCCGUGGCGGCGGCGAGGGAGCACUUGAUCAGGGUGGGACACAAAUUCGAGGGGGCUUUUGGGGAGGAAGGCUGGAAAUUGGAUGAUAUCCCGCCUGAGUUUGAGAAGGGUUUGAAGGAGGCUAGCCUUAAGGGCAGGUGCGAGUCUUUUAGAGACUCCAAGGGGACGGAGUGGUUUGUUGAUGGAGCGCAUACGGAGGAUAGCCUGGCGGGUGUUGGACAGUGGUUUGCUGGGAAGGUGAAGGAGGGCGAUGUCAAUGUCUUGGUGUUCAACCAGCAGGAUAGGAACCCGGAGGUCUUGUUGAGGGCUCUUCUUACGGCCGCGCAUAAGCAAAGCGGGACAACGACGCCGGUGUUCACCUACGCGGUGCUCACAAGGAACGAGGAAAAGGCGCCGGCGGAAGGUGAGCCGGAGAGAGAUCUCGCGGUGCAGUUGCAGGGGCAGAAGAUUGUUCAGGAAGCUAGUGCGGGGAUCGAGACCUCGGUCUACAACGCAGUAGAGCCGGCCAUGGAACAGGUUCAGAAGAUCGCUGAGCAGGCGCGCAAGGACGGCAAGACGUACAGUUGA